AUGCUCCCAUUCAAUCGUAUCAACAAAUCACUAGCAGCACCCGUCGCGUUGAAUAUUAUCUCAACAUCUUCUAUCUAUCGUCUAUUAAACAGUAGUAAACAAGUAAAAAAACGACAAGAUAUAGCAAAUUCUAUUACUAUUACUUCGCUGCCUUCAAAUACGACUUCCGCUUCGACUACUGAAUAUCAACACAUCUCAUUUGACGAACCCUAUUCCGUGAAAACAGGGAUUAAGACAGCAGCUCUUCUUGGCGGUAUGUUAUUAUUCGUCGUUGUUUAUUUAUGCUGGAAAGCACGUUCUCGUCUAUGUCGUUGUUUACGUGAAUCAUCAUCUGAUAUUGCCAAUCCGCAUCUUUCGUCAAAAAAAUUUGAUCUAGAUUACUGGUUGAAACAAGUCGAUAUACUCGAAGCUAGAGAAGCCGAACGAAAUCGUGAGGCUCUUUCACCGUUUCUCGAAUUACCUGUGGAAAAACCACGUGAUAAUGAAUUGGCAACUGCUGCAUGGAUUAUGGAUGCAUGGCGGCAACGUCGUCUUAUUCAAUUUCAAGAACAACAUCGUCUUCUUCAAUCACGAAUAAGUGAGCAAGUUGAAUCCAAUAAUCAAUUAACAUAUCGACGACGACGCCGUAUGUUGCAACGCUUUUUUCGACGAUUUCUCGUUCCAUCUCAUCAACAACCGUCGUUUCUAAUUGGCUAUUCGCCCUCGCUGAUCGCCGAGAUGCGACCGAGCAUAGUAGACGAUAGUUUGAUUCCAUUAACGGAAAUAAUCGAUGUUCCGCCACGGCGCGUUGCUUCUUGGCCUCGUCUCAAAUCCGCUCAUCAUCAAAAUGAAACAAUGAUGAGUGCACUACGAACACAAAACGUUCGGAAACGUCUUCUCAAACGCCCAUCACGAACGACAACCUUUGAUAUAGGAAAACAAAAUAGAUGUUUUUCUUUCCAUCUCUUCUUUUUUUUUACUUCAUUCUUGUUUAUGAAAUAA